AUGAAGGAAUUCGAUGCUAGAUUCAAAGACUUUUCUGAAAUAGGAAAACUAUCACAAUUCUUAAAAACUCCUUACGACGUUCUCCCAGACGGAGAAUGGACUGAUGUAGCUGAAAAAUUAUUUAAUCUUUCAAUGUCAAAAUUUCAAAUGGAAAUAAUAGACCUACAUGAAGAUGUUUCCUUGAAGCAGUGCAGAAGUGCGUCAACUGAAGAACUCUGGGCUAAGGAUGCCAUUGACAAUUAUUCAAACUUAAAGCAACUGGCAAUCAACUUGGCUACGAUGUUUGGUUCGACAUACAUUUGUGAGGCAUCAUUUUCAAAAAUUAAUUUUUUGAAAAACAAAUAUCGGACAAAAUUAACAGACUCUCACCUUGAGGACACAUUGAGCAUACGCUGUUCUCCACGAGUUCCCGAUUUCAAAAAGCUGGCUAAGGAAAAGAAAUGCAAUUUUUGGCAUUAA